AUGGAGAAGGCAGCGGCGGCAGCGGCGCAGGGCGGCGGCGGCGGCGGCGACUCCGGAGCAGCCCCGUCCAGCGGCGGCAGUAACAGCAGCAGCCGCAGCAGCAGCCGCCCCACCUCGGCGGGCUCCUCGCCGUCCUCCUCCGCUAGCCGGGGAGGGCUCUCCGGCCGCCACGGAGCAGCGGCGGCGGCGGCUCCACCAGCGGGGAGGCCGGAGGGAGGCGGCGGCGGAGGCAGCAGCAGCAGCCCCAGCUCAGCCGCGGCCAGCCCGGGAGGGAGCGGGGGGCUGGCGGCCGGCAGGACGACGGAGGCGGUGCUCGAGGGCUCCCUCAGCAAGUACACCAACCUCAUCCAGGGCUGGCAAAGCAGGUAAGUGUGGGAAGAAGCUCCUCUCUCAGUCUCAUUUUUUUUUGGGGGGGUCAGUGGGUCGACCUACUUCCUCCCCCCCGUAUUCCUCAGCCCCAAAGGAUUUGACCCCUCUUCCCGCCCGCCCUUCUUUCGGGGUCGGCCUCUCUCGCUCCCACGCCCGCCCUCUUUGACUCAGAGGUAAACUGGGCGAACUGUGGAAGUUUCCCCCUGUCCUGCGAGGCUUCCCCGUGGGAUCCCAUAGGGCAGGUGUCUUCUAUGUCUCCCCCUGCUGGCUGCUCAGGAGGUGUCCAACACUGUUCCAAGUGUUCAUCAACACCAUUUCCCCCACCCCUAACUUACCUGAUAGGGGCAUGGGUGGCGCUGUGGGUUAAACCACAGAGCCUGGGACUUGCCGAUCACAAAGUCGGCGGUUCAAAUCCCCGUGACGGGGUGAGCCCCGUUGCUCGGUCCCUGCUGCUGCCAACCUAGCAGUUCAAAAGCACACCAGUGCAAGUAGAUAAAUAGGUACCGCUCCGGUGGGAAGGUAAACGGUGUUUCUGUGCGCUGCUCUGGUUCGCCAGAAGCGGCUUAGUCAUGCUGUACACCGGCUCCCUCGGCCAAUAAAGCGAGAUGAGCGCUGCAACCCCAGAGUCAUCUGCGACUGGACCUAAUGGUCAGGGGUCCCUUUACCUUUAAUUUACCUGAUUUUUCUUUCUUUUAGAGGUUGCUCUUCCCGCACGCAUUCAUAUGCCAAAUUUGAACUCUCUGGACCUGUUCCAUAUGCAGGGGAUAGCUCAGCUGGUGGAGCACGAGACCCUAAUCUCAUGGGUCGCGGGUUCAAGCCCCAUGUUGGGGAAAAGAUUUCCUGCAUUGCAGGGGGUUGGACUAGAUGACUCAAGUGGUUCCUUCUGACUCUACAGUUCUGUGAUUCCAGUGGCAAUGGGAUAAUAACAAGACAAGAGCUUGAGAAGCCAUGUGUGUGGUAGCACUUGGGAAAUUGGCUGUGUAGGCACCCCGGUGCUGUGUGCCAAAGUUGCAGGUUGUGGGACAGCUGCAUAUUUCUACAUUGCAAUGGGUUGGACUAGAUCAGGCAUAGGGAAACUCGGCCCUCCAGAUGUUUUGGGACUACGACUCCUAUCAUCCCUAGUUAACAGGACCACUGGUCAGGGAUGAUGGGAGUCACAGUCCCAAAAACAUCUGGAGGGCUGAGUUUGCCUAUGCCUGAAUUCAAUUAUUCUCAGGAUCCCUUCCAACGCCACAGUUCUAUGCUGCUAGUAUGCGGGACUCUGCUUUUUGAGGCUUUCUAGUGCAUGCUGAGAAUUUAAUUUUGCAUGUGGCAGUGGUGCAUGUGAGCAAGCUUUUCCCAAGGCUACCAUGUAUCUGGAAUAUCUAAACUGGCUAUGUAAUGAUUAGGAGCAUGUCCUGAAGACUUAAUAUUGAUCUGUUUUCCUUCUUGGUAUGCUUUAUUCACCCUGUCAUGUUUGUAUUCUGGGCUGUUUUGACUGCAUGCUUACUAGUGAAAUGGAGGUUAUGAAACAUUAAUUCUGAAUUAUUCAAUGCAUCGUGAUAUUCUUUACUUUUUAGUUAAGAUUAGACUGCAUUAACUGCUUGUUUCACACUCAGAUUGACUAGGAGAAAGAGUAGUGGGUUCUUAACCCUGUCUAUACAAGUUUAUAGAAGAAAAGGAACUCUUGUUUUUCAUGGUUUCCCCAAUUUGCAGUUUGAAAGCAGAGAUUGCACAGUUGUGUAUGCAGCAGAAAACAUUUCAGUUUUUUGGUUCCUGUGUUUAAUUAUCCCAUCUCUUCUGGGAUAAAUACACUGUCAAAACGUUUGUCCUGUCACUUUUUCUUUAGAGUUGAAAGCUGCAGUCCUAACCCCAGUUUACCUGGAAGUAGGUAACUGCAAUCCUAACACCAAUUUAUCUGCAAUCGAAUUUACUUCUUAGUAGACAAAGUUAGGAUUGUGCUAUCAACUGUAUUUUUAUUUUUACUCUUCUAGACUUUUGCGUGGUUGUGGUUGGAUGCUAGCGACUAAAAAUUUUUGUUUGAUUUUUUUUUUGUCAUUUUGACUGACUAAGAGUUGGACUUGUUCGUAUGGUGGUAAGAUCAAUGGCAUUUGUUGUGCGCAAAAUGGCUCAAUUUCCGCUACAAAUGACAUAUUAGUGGAAAGAUGGAAGGAAAUAUUCAACGUUCCGCAGCACAAUCCUAUACAUACCACUUCUCAGUUGACCCGAAUCCUAGUUCAGUAGGGCUUACUCCCAGGUAACUGCGUACAGUCUUGCAACACAAUAUUCUUCUGCCCGUUUGCUCCCCACUCCCGGGGGAAAAAAACAAAAUUUGUUCCAUUUAAUACUCACUGGGUGAAGAGAAAAAAAAUCUUGUAUUUCAUGUGCAUAAAAAGCUAGGGUUUGACAAUAUUGAUUCUUUUGGUUUGCAUAGCUUCCUGGUGCAUUAUUAAGAGCAAUCUGCCCCUUGUAAAGUCACUCUGACUUUUGUGGGCAUGCAGUUGGAGACAGCCACUGUGAAGGGGAAAAAUGUGUGCCAUGUUUUUGCAGCCAUCUGUAGGAGAAUGUAAUGCUGAUUGCUGCUUUUUUCUUUUUAAUUUAUCAGAGCUGAGGUUUCUGUUUUCCUAAGAUAUUUUAUAUAUAUUAUGUUUGUGUGUGUGUGUGUAUGUUUGUGUGUAUGUAUAUAUGUAUGUAUGUAUGUAUGUAUGUAUCUUCCUUUGUUUCAAUAGCAAAUAACUUUAAUAACUGCUGAAAACAGUAAAUUUGCAGAAAUGUUUAUUCGAUUCAGCACAGAACGUAUACCCUUGGCUAGCCACUCAUUUUGCUGGAGAGGCAGCAUGAGAAAAGGGGUUAUGGUGGCCAAGACUCUGACCCUGCUCCCUGUCUGACCUGCUAGCAAGGCUGGCUGUCAUGUAUACUCCAUGUCUCUUUGAUUUUUGAAAUGGCAACUUGGGAAAGGGAGGCAGGCAACUCCUUUUAGGAGGCUGGAUUUGGUCCAGGAACUACUGGCUGCUGAUCUUUAUAGUCAUUCUUUUCCUUACUGGGAACUGGGAUUUUCUAAGUCAGUGUUUAAAUUUCAGAUGGGGACAUAGAUUCUACACAACGAUCUUAAAUAUAAUUCUUUUGAAAAAGCUUGCGAGAACCAAUGGUCUUUGAUGCGCCUUUUCUGUUUCUUUGCAAUUUCCUUUCUGAUGCAGACUGGAAGCACUAUUUCCUAGCACAGUAUGGGCAUGCUGUUAUCUUAUGAUAACCUGCUCCUCUGCCGUUUCAAUCCAUUUCCCUGUUAACUUUCAUAAAUUUACAUGGCUAUCAUUCUUUCGGUUUCCUUCCUACCUUGAUUCUUUGAUCUGUUUGGUUGGUAGAUAACAGGUUUGUUUGCUUUUGUAAUAUUUAAGUAGUGUCUAUCUAAAGUUAAGAUUACAUCCCAGUGUGUAUUACUUUAGAGCACUGUCCCCAAUGUUGGGUCUCCACCUGUUUUUCGACUACAGCUCCCAUCAUCCCUAGCUAGCAAGACCAGUGGUCAGGGAUGAUGGGGAUUGUAGUCCGAAAACAGCUGGAGACUCAAGGUUGGGAAACACUGCUUUAGAGUUAUACCGUACUUUAUGAUCUGCUGAUUUUUUGAGUUUGAAGAAAUUAGUGGAGUUGCUCACCCUUGAAUAUUCACCAUCCUGUAUAAUUGGGUGAUGUCUACACACCUGGCUGCCUCACUGUCUACUGCUGACUCAACAUAAACCCACCUGUUCUGGUUUGAAUGUAGAUCCUAGGAGAGUGUGCUGUUUGUGGACCCUGAAAUUUUGUUCCUACACACACACUGUUUCUUAAGCAGUUAAGGAUCUAAUGUUGUUGUUAUUAUUAUUUUUAUGACUAUUAAGUCCCGUUGGAACCUUUUGUGAUGAGCUGUGUUAAAAGGUCCCCCCCAUCCAAAAUAAAAAAAUCAAGUGGAAAAUGUUCCCUAUUAAAUGCAUAGGGACAUCCCUGAAUAACAUGGAACACUUCUGUUGCUGCUAUUCAUUAGAUUUCUUAUCUGCCCUUCAUUACAAGAUCCCAGGGAGGGUUACAGCAAUCUAAAAAUAUAAUAUUAAAAACAGUUGAAACAGAUUACAACCAAGAGAACUGAGUAGGUCCUAACCUAUAUAUCUGAGGUGUCAAACCACAGAGUAAAUAUGUGUAUACAAUAAAAACUACAUUAAGUAGGUGACAGAUGCGCACCUCGGGGGAUGCCACGGAAAGGCCUCUCCUGGGCUCUCUCUGCUGUUCUUAACACUGAAGAAGGGAAGGAGACAAUAUUUCAGAUACAGUGGUACUUUGGGUUACAUACGCUUCAGGUUACAGACUCCUCUAACCCAGAAAUAGUGCUUCAGGUUAAGAACUUUGCUUCAGGAUAAGAACAGAAAUCUUGCUCCGGCGGCGUGGUGGCAGCAGGAGGACCCGUUAGCUAAAGUGGUGCUUCAGGUUAAGAACAGUUUCAGGUUAAGAACGGACCUCUGGAACGAAUUAAGUACUUAACCCGAGGCACCACUGUAUUUGGGUCCGAUGUAUUGAUUACAGUAGUUCAGAAUUAAUGUUUCGUAACCUCCAUUUCGAUGGGAUGCUGUGGGUUAAACCACAGAGCCCAGGACUUGCUGAUCAGAAGGUUGGUGGUUCGAAUCCCCGUGAUGCUCAGUCCCUGCUCCUGCCAACCUAGCAGUUCGAAAGCACGGCAAAGUGGAAGUAGAUAAAUAGGUACCGCUCUGGCGGUAAGGUAAACAGCGUUUCUGUGUGCUGCUCUGGUUCGCCAGAAGGGCAUAGUCAUGCUGGCCACAUGACCCGGAAGCUGUACGCCAGCUCCCUCGGCCAAUAAAGCGAGAUGAGCACCGCAAUCCCAGAGUCAGCCACGACUGGACCUGAAAAAUGAAUGAACUGCAGCUAAAAUCUUAACAUUCAUUUUUCACAUGUUCUAGACUCUAGUCCACCUCUGAAGACUGUAAAAAACAAAGCCAUACUUUUUCUGCCCACCCCCCUAAGGGGGUCUCUUCUCCAGUCUUCAGAGAGUGGCUGGAAGGGGGAGGCAGACAAAUGUCCUUUCCCUCCACUCUGCUGUUUUAAUCUGAAAUCUUAGGCGCAGCACUUUUCCCAGACCUCAGAAACUGCUCGCGCUAGUGAAAUUCCUUGUCGCAAAACGCUCCUAGAACAACGGGAGUUUCGAACGCUGGUAAUAUAUUGCAAUGUUGAAAAACAGAUAUUCCCCAGCCCUGAUAUCCACUGAGCCAUUGUGUUUCUCAGUUGGGUUCCUGACUUUUCCCAAUAUGCUUGGCUUAAAAAGCCGCUUUUGAAACUUGGGGAAAUGUUGAAUGUUGGUUAUGAUGCAGAGGGGGGUGGUGGUUGUUAGGUCUCCUGAAGGAGAUGUUGCGACCAUGGUAAUUGUUUAUUGGCAUCAACCCAGCAUCCUGUUGUUAGCUUGUAGGCCCAUAUCUGAGUGAAUAGUUUAGCUCCGUUGACAUACAGCUUGGUGGGAACUGAUGUGUAAAAUGGCACUGCGCUAUAGACACAUUUGCUUCCUUCAAGAUCUGAGAUAUUUUUGAAGACGUGAUUCUUUUGCAGUAGAAUAGAGUGCAUCGUAAUCAUUUUUUAAAAGUAAACCUGGUAGGUCCAUAAUUUGUGGCACAAUCCACCCUGGGCUUCUUUGGUAGGAAGAGACAGAUAUAAAUUGGAUAAACAAAAUAAUAAAUGAAUCAUCUAGUCAAAGAGAGACCUUUUUAGGUCUUGUAAAUUUCAGUGCGAGAUGUUUGAAGCACGUGACCAUUGUUUAUUGACUGUAUUCAGUUGUCAUCCCCUCAGUUUCUAAUGUAUUCAGAAUUUGCUUCUUGCUACAAGCCUGGUUAUAAAUUAUCAGUUAAGUUUUAAAAAUGAGCAGUUCCCUAGGGCACAUGCUCUAUACAAAUUAACCACUGUUGUUGUGAUGCAUUAACUGUUUGCCACACUGCAGGAAUUAAAAGGUCUGUGUAGAAUAUCAGUCCGCUUUUUUUGAGUUUGUGAGCCAGCUAAGCAGAAAUGGAAUGAAUGGAAUAUACCAAUUUAAGUAGAACCCUUAACAUGAUUGCUCUAAUCCAGGAUUUCCCAACCUUGGGUCUCCAGCUGUUUUUAGACUACAGUUCCCAUUGUCCCUGACCACUGGUCCUGCUAGCUAGGGAUGAUGGGAGUUGUAGUCCAAAAGCAGCUGGAGACACAAGUUUGGAAAACCCUGCUUCCAAUCCCUAAAACUUCUGUUAUGAGAAGCCGUUUUCAAUACCACACAAAUCGCCAUGGUGUGUGUGAUACAUAAAAAUACUAGACAGCUAGUAAAAUUAUUAGCAUUAGCAUUUUAAUCGCCGCUUUUGAUGUUCAGUCGUUUUAUUUAUAUACCACUUUUCUAAAGUUAAAACCAUGCUCAAGGCUGUUUACGACCUAUAUAAAAGAAUUACAUAACUACAAACAUAACAAAAAGCAGCCAUAAACAAUAAACAAAGCAUCGAAAAGUACGCAACCAAAUCAAACAAUUUCCACAUAAAUCAUAAGAUCCAAAGGCAUCCUUAGUUUUUAAUUUAAUCCCCACUCCCAGUCUGUUAAUAAUGGAACAAAAAUAAUCAGCAAGAGGUUAAAAAAAAAUCCGUUCUGUUUGUAGCAAUAACGAUAUGGAACAGCUUGAUGUAUUCUGGCUUUACACUUUAGGUGAAGGCUGUCAGCUAAUUAAAAUGCUCUCUACACCUCCUCAUAUCUGUGUUGCAUAAUAUGAGCUGGUACAAUAGUUCUGUGUCAAAUACACUCUUCACGUCCCUAGAUGUUUGUAUUCCAUAGGCACUGUGGAGACUUAAUAUAUUAUCUCACACAGAGCUUGCUUAAUUCAGUUAAUAUAGAAUGAAGUAUAUUAAUGCUUGUCAUUUUACUUUUGUCCUUGACUUAGUAAAAUGUCUUAGACUUCUACUAUCUCAAAUCAUUUCUGUCAUAGAUAAGUUAUAUUAAAAUACGUGUGGAGUAGUAAUUCCUGUUUUGUUACUCUUUCAAAGAAGUAACUUUUCAAGAUUUAUAUCUCUGAUUUAUAGUUCUUUGAUUACAAAGAACUCAUAAUUUUUUUCCUGGUACAUAAAGCCAACUGUGAACUAAGAGAUUUUGGAACUGGGACUGAACCUGCAGUCCUAUAUACACUGACCUCAGAGUAAGCAACCAUUAAAUUCCCUCGGGCUCAUUUCUGAACCCGAUAUGCAUAGGAUUCACUGUGAAUCAAUUCAGUGAGCAAACUAAUAUAAUGCGAAUGUUGUCUGAUAUUAGAAAGUACAUAGUGCUGUGCCUGGCCUGAAACAUCUGUGUGCUCCAUCUUCAAGCAGAGGUCUUUGCCAGAUUCUUUCAGGAUUGAAAUUCUUCCACCUUUUGCAUCUCUCUGUCCAUUUCUUAACUGCAGUCUGUGAGAACAACAAAAGUAAUUCCAGAACAAAUCCCUCAUUUCUCUUCGAAAAGCGGUUUUAACUUCACAAUACCUUGGAAGUCGAACGGAAUCUAUUCUGCAAGUGUGUUCGACUUCCAAAACGUUCAGAAACGAAAGCACAGCUUCUGAUUGGCUGCAGGAAGCUGCCGCAGCCAAUUGGAAGCCCCGUCGGACGUUCAGGUUCCAAAGAACAUUCGCAAACCGGAACAGUCACUUCUGAGUUUUCGGUUUUCGGGAGCCAAAACGUCCAGGUACCAAGAUAUUUGGGAUCCAAGGUGCGACUGUAUGUGCAGGAAGUUCCUGCAGCCAAUCAGAAGCUGCACCUUGUUUUUCAAACAGUUCCGGGAGUCGAACGGACUCCCAGAACGGAUUAAGUUCAACAACCAAGGUACCACUGUAUGUGGGGACGUGGGUGGCGCUGUGGAUUAAACCACAGAGCCUAGGACUUGCCGAUCAGAACGUCGGUGGUUCAAAUCCCCGCGAUGGGGUGAGCUCCCGUUGCUCGGUCCCUGCUCCUGCCAACCUAGCAGUUCGAAAGCACGCCAAAGUGCAAGUAGCUAAAUUAAGUACCGCUCCGGAAGGUAAGGUAAACAGCGUUUCCGUGUGCUGCUCUGGUUUGCUAGAACCGGCUUAGUCAUGCUGGCCACAUGACCCGGAAGCUGUACGCCGGCUCCCAGGGCCAAUAAAGCGAGAUGAGUGCUGCAACCCAGAGUCGGCCACGACUGGACCUAAUGGUCAGGGGUCCCUUUACCUUUACCACUGUAUAUCGCCCAGGCCUGGUAGGUAGGCAAUCUUAAGUGGCCUGAUGGUCUGAAAGAAAGCAGAAAAAUGAGAGUAAUUUAACAAUCUGAUUUCAAAUGUCUCCUCCCUAGUUCCUGGUUGCUUGGAUGUGAUCCUUUCUUGCUGCAGGAAACCACAUAAAAUGGUAGUUUGCAAGCCUCCUUGAGGAGUAACCAGAUUUGAAGUAACUGCAUCAAGUUGGAUGAUCCUAUAGCUACAGUGAGGCUGGAGAUAUUUUUUUGGGUGGGCAAGUGGAAGCUUAGCAAACGGAUGAAGAAAUAUGUACAUUUUUAUUCUUAAUAUAAGAGUUUCCCACAUAUGAGCGAGAGGCUGAGGAAUUGGUUUAGAAACCUAUCAGCUCCUUUUCUCGGUGUUUUAUUCCAGAGGCUGUUGAUGCGCAGCCUCAGCUUUUUGCAGCUUGUUUCCCAUUCUCUAAAGAGAACAAUGGCACAUGUUAUGAGAUUAAACCCAACAGAUACGAGGUGCUUGGAUAUUAAAAGAUGUUGAAUAUUGUCACUAACGCUAACUUAAACCAAGCUCAUCCACUCUGCUUGCUACAGGUCAGAGAAGCAGCACUUAGCCUAUAUCAGCAAAACGAUAACAGUGUUGUUGUUUUUUGGAAGGUGAAUGAAUAAUUAAACGAAAUAAGGAUUCCUGAAUUUAAGGUGGAUUCAUUUUUAUCAAAUGGGAGUGGUACAAAGAGGCGGCAGUGCUGGUUUGAAAGAUAUGAGCCCUAGAGCAGCAUUUCCCAACCUUGGGCCUCCAGCUGUUUUUGGACUACAACUCCCAUAAUCCUCAGCUAGCAAGAUCAGUGGUCAGGGAUGAUGGGAAUUGUAGUUAGAAAACAGCUGGAGGCCCAAGGUUGGGAAACACUGCUCUAGAGUUCUCUAUGCCUUAUAGUUCCUUAUUUAUUCAGCUGCAUAUUCACAACAGCAUUGGUGUGCAUGGUCUGAUAGAUGAGCUUGCCCAAUGAGCUUGCCAUCUAAGAUGGACUAUGGGAAAACUGACAGUGGAAGGAGUUCUAAAACUUGGGUAACUUGCUGUUAAUUAUCUCUACAAGUUGCACCCCCCCCAUCCUGAUCAACAGUCUCCCUACCUGAGCUAGCAGAGGGGGUCCCAGGGAUGGUUUUAAUGUCCCCCCGGCUUAGUUGGUCAGGGGGACUUCAGCAUCCAUUCCAAGGCCCCCUUGUCUGGGGCGGGGUUUGAAAUAUCUAUUACCUUGGACAGUUAGUUUCCUGAAAGGAUUUAGGACAUUUAUUAAUGUACAUGGUUGGAGGACCAGUUAGGUGCAGUGGUUAAGAGUGGUGGACUCGUAAUCUGGUGAACCAGGUUUGAUUCCCCGCUCCUCCACAUGCAGCUGCUGGGUGACCUUGGGCUAGUCACACUUCUCUGAAGUCUCUCAGCCUCACUCACCUCACAGAGUGUUUGUUGUGGGGGAGGAAGGAAAAGGAGAAUGUUAGCCGCUUUGAGACUCCUUAGGGUAGUGAUAAAGCAGGAUAUCAAAUCCAAACUCCUCCUCCUCCUCCUCCUCCUCCUCCUCCUCUUCUUCUUCUUUUGAUAGAUUUAACCACAGUGUCCUUCUGUAAGUAAGUAACUAACUGGGGCCUCUGUCAGGAAUGGGACUUGGAGGUACUGUUCUGUGGCAGUUCUGGACUUACCUGGUGGGUAGGUAUCAGAAGGUAUUGCUGGGGGAUUGUUGCUCAACACACCAUGGCCCUUCUGCUUUUGGGAUUUUAUACCUCACCCAGGGAUGCUUAACACAUCCACAUGAAAGUGCUGAGGGAGGUAUCUUGUGGAUUUGGAGUUGAGUGUCAACAAUAUUCAGAAUCAGUUGUUGUAUGCCUUUUCAUGCUGCUGUUUUAGUUUUUUAAUUGAUUUAUUAUGCUUUGCGGAUUCAACUUGGAAUUUGCCUUGGGGACCUGAAUUUUUGUAAAAUAAAUAUUUUGUAAAAAAGACAAAAAAAUGACUUUUUGCAUAGCACUUUUUUAAGGGCUGCUUUCCAAUACUGUUGCAGAAGAAAUAAGGAAUGUUGUUAAUCUAAAACCAAGAUAACCACAACACCCGCAAUAAACUCUUCCCAUUAAGGAAGGUUGGUAUUCUUUGUGCGGCAUGAUCCUGCUACUUGCCAUAUUGGAUCUCCUUCCUUGAUCUGUCUUCAUUUAGCAUCUUAAUAUAUGGACGUGCUGGUUUUCUUGAGCACUUCCAUACAUGGCAGCAAUGACUUGGACCAAUUAUGGCAAUGUGGUCAACUCUACUGUCGCAAAGUUCAGCAACUGGUGUUAGAAAGAGCUCAGGGACUCAUUAGUUUUUUUAUGGUACGGUUUUAUAGCAAGAUAAUAUGGGUCUGAGUUGGCAUUGGCUUUUAAUUUUCCAGUUAGAAGCUGUGACUAAAUCAGGCUAUGACAUUAGGCAAGUGUGGGAGGUGCCACAGAUGGUUUCCUGCUUAAAUAUAAAACACUGAGCCUGGGACUGGUCCCAACUGUGUCUCGGGAGGGUGCCUUCAAAGUGAGCAGCAAAACCAGUUGGCUGAGGCUAAAUAUAAAGCCAGCACUGUGAAAAGCUGGUUGGGGAAGAAUGCAGUUGCAUUGCAGACAAUGGCUUUGUUGUGCAAUAGAUUGGCAGUCAGGUGGUUUUUAUUUAAUGGGCUCCAGAUCUCUCUUACCCAGAAAAAUUGUCUCUUGUAGAGAGAUCUCAUUUCCCAGCACAGAAAUAACCAUGAGUUGUUGAUACUAGGGAAAAAAGUGCCACUACGGUGGACGCGCUGGUUGUGAAUGUGAUCCAUGCGGGAUGCACACGCGUGGGUUGUGAUUCGGCGCUUCUGCGCAUGCGCAAAGUGCGAUUUAGCACUUCUGUGCAUGUGCGACCUCCAAAACCUGGAAGUACAAUAACCCGUUCAGGUACUUCUGGGUUUCGGAGCGUCCAUAACCUGAAAAAAUGCAACCUGAAGCAUCUGUAACCCGAGGUAUGACUGUAUUCCCUUAGCUCAGGGGUUGGCAACCUAAGGCCCAUGGGCCACAAGCAGCCCACGGGGGUUGUUUAACUGGCCCCUGAGCUGCCCCUGAACCAAGCUGCCUGCUUGGCGAGUCCCCGUGCCCUGUGCUAAACCAGUGCGGCGCGGGGACUCGCUACUGUGGUGCCGGUGCCAAAAAUAGAAUCUGUGCAGACGUAGAUGCCGGAAAUGGCGGGCGCCUGCACUCACACAUACCUGAGAUCUGGCCCACGGAGGGAACUCCACUGGAGUGAACCAGCCCAGGCGAGGUCAACCUUGCCGACCCCUGCCUUAGCUAAUUCUUCCUCUCUGUUUGGGAGGCAAAUGCUGCAUGAAAUACGGCUGAACAAAAAAAUAUGAGUACCCAUUGGCCAGUACCUGUGUAGUCACCAAUGACAAGCUGCUUUCCCACCUAUAUCAUUAAAAAACAAAUCCACCAGUGAACACCUUAUCUGCAAUAUAUAAUGCACAGGCAGUUCAUUUCCACUGCAGUGUUAGAAAUUAGCCAGAUGCCAGGCACAUUUUGCACCUGGCUUAAGACCACUUUUGACCAAGUGAAGAUUCCUGGGUGCUGGGAUGGCCCCUGACAUCUCCACCAUCUGGAAGUGCAUGCCUAGAGAUCAUUGGAUCUGGACUGUUUUCACACACUAAUACCACAUCCUGUAGAAUUAUAUCAGUUAUAUUUUAUCUGUAAAAUUGGAAUGGAUUUCUGGAACCAAAUUGCUUUUUCUGUGCAGCCUGAUCAGGAGCAGUUACCAUUAAGAAAAAGAGCUUGGAAUCGGCCAAUAUAUAUGUGGACUGUCCCUGGAUCAAGUGACUUUUCUUCAAGUUCUCAAAGCUCUUAACCUAGCUCAAGGUUGUCAUCUGAACAAAGACAGAUGUCUAAUCAAUCAGUUUGACAUUUGAAAAACAAGACUUUAGAGCCGUCUUGUCCCCAAAAUGGCAACCAGACAUUCCGUUUUGGUGAUUGUAACUUUGGUUUUGAGAGGGUGGCGCUGUGGACUAAACUACUGAGCCUAGGGCUUGCUGAUUGGAAGGUCGGCGGUUUGAAUCCCUGUGAUGGGGUGAGCUCCCUUUGCUCGGUCCCAGUUCCUGCCAACCUAGCAGUUCAAAAGCAUGCCAGUGCAAGUAGAUAAAUAGGUAUCACUGUGGCAGGAAGGUAAAUGGUAUUUCCGUGCACUGCUCUGGUUUCACCAGAAGCGGCUUAGUCAUGCUGGCCGCAUGACCCAGAAAAACUGUCUGCGGACAAAUGUUGGCUCCCUCGGCCAGUAAAGCAAGAUGAGCGCCGCAACCCCAGAGUCGUUAAUGACUGGACUUAACUGUCAGGGGUCCUUUACCUUUACCUUUUAACUUGGUUUAAGGAGCCAUUUGGCGCCUAGCUGAUAUAUAUGAGUUUCAGACACUGCUAUAACACAACAGUAAAACUUUUCUUUCUUUUUCUUUCUCCAGCUGCAGGUGAUGUGAGGAAUCAAAUCUUUUGAUGUAAUCAACUGACUGGGUGUGGGUUGGCCAGCUGAAACUAAUAAGCCCAGUGAAUUGUGAAAUAAUUGGUUGGUCAGGUUGAGGAUUAUGAUUCCGUGUCAGCUUUGAAGCCGCAGGGUGCUUCUAGGUCUAAGAAUGCCUUUUCAGUUUGCAGCGGUGGUUCUGAAACUACAUAUUUCUCACCAGCUCUACCAGAUGCUAAUGGCCUUGUCUAUCAGGUCUUGGUUGCAACGGUCUGGCAAGAGUGUUGGUGACUCUCCAAGGUCUCAUGCUUGGAGGUCUUCCCCAUCAUCUUCUACCUUUAUCCUUUUAAUCGAACAUGCCAGGGUUUAAACAUGGGACCUUCUAACUACAAAGGAUGCGCUCUAACCUUCAGUAGAGCUAUGAUGCCUCAAACUGCAACAAAUUACCCUGGGGCUGGUUUUUGAAAGAAUUGAAGAUCAGUGAUUCCUUGCAGGAUUGGGACACUGGGAACACAUUAUUCCCAUGCACUUGGUGCCAAGUUGGCUGCACUUGGGAGCUUCUGAUCAGGUGUUGCCAAGUUCAUUCCUGAAUGAAGCAGAUCCCAGUGGCACUUGCAUUCAGUUCUAAAUUUAAAAGACUUCAGUGAACAACUGGCAGUCCUCCUUUUUUGAAACUGUUUCUUUACCUGUCACACACACCUGAUGUCAUAUGAUGUCAUCUAUUUGGGACAGGUGGGUGUGGCUUGUGGGAAAUGGCUGGGCCUCAUGUGGCCCAGUGGGUGGAGCUUUCCCACUACACCAUGUUGGCUUCUCAGUGGUUUUGUUUGUGUGUUUAUUGUUUGCUCAGCCGCUUUAUAAAAUGUUUAUAUGCAUUUUAUUGCGACACACAGCACUCUGACUUUAGCUUCUUUAAAUUCAGUGGAUGCGCGUAAGCCUGUUCAUGUAUUUAUUUAUUGCAAAUAGCCUUGGGGACCAUGUGUCUAUGGAUAUGAAUGCUUUUCCUUCGUAACAUUGCAGAUUUGCUGGUGUCUGGCAGUGAUUCUUGCUGAGGGCUCAGGGCUGCUAAAGUGAAGGGUGAACCAUGAAGGUCUGGGGAGGAGGGGGGAAACCAACAUGACUUUAGUAUAGAACUCUGCUGACUGAGGAUAUUUUAAGUUAAUCUAUAUCAUAUUCACAUUCACAAUGACAGUUGACCUCUUGGAAAUGCAAGUGCCAAAAGUUUCAGUAGUUCACCCUGAAAGUGCAGUUUCCUAGCAGUUUGUGUAUUAAAAUCAAAUUAAUGGGUCUUAAGCUGUAUGUGUAUUUAAUAUGCAGUAAAUCAGUUAAGGUGGUGUUUUCCGACGCGAGGCAAACUUUAUAUGAAGUCAUCAGCACAAAGUUUUCUGCAAGCUGCUGUAUUAAUAAAGAUUAACAGCACGGGUCCUGUGGACUUCUGUCCUGGAGUAUGUCUCUGUUUAUGCAUAUCUAAAGACCAAAGUUCAGUAAGAAGGAAUGUACACAGGUUGGUAGUCUGUGGUGGUUAGCAGAGAGUGCAGUUUUCUGCUUCUCCUAUACUGUGGAUCAUAUGUACAUGACAGUGUUUGCAAACUGGUUCUGUUUGCACUAAGGGCAACUCCCCAUUUAUGUGGGGGUUGCAUUCACGUCAGUGGGAUGUGCAUAAGACCAUCCUGCUCCACGCUGCCCCCUUGCAGUACCGGAAACAGUGUUCGCGUGCUGAUCGCAUGCAAAUGAGGAGUUUUAUAUGGGAGAACUAACCUAUUUUAUAGGCCCGGUUCCUUUGCAAUGCUAAACUGUGGUUUAGUGCUACAUGGACGAGCCUCAAAGAGUUCAAACAUAGUUGUUGGGCUUGCAUACUCGCUUCUACCCUUAUUGCUGAAUUGAAUUAAACUUUAAAACAAUCUCUGCCUAGCAUCGUACAUGAAUCGGGCAUCUUGCUUUAAAACAAGCUCUGGUGAGUUUCGUGCUAAGCCACACCAUGCGCUAUGAAGCAGGUUUAUCAAACUACCCAGAGUUUGUCUUAAGCCAGGAUCCCUGGUUCGUGUGGUGCACAAAGCACUUCAGCAGAAGUCCUUCUUCCGACCACAGAGAGGAGAGGGUCAUGGUGCUUUCCUCAAGCUAAUUGAGGCUCAUCCUCAUGGUGCUAAGCAUCACUUGCCAACAUGAUCCUUGUGCCCAUAGCAGAGGCAUGUGAACUUGGCCCUGUCAGAUCCAGAGCCAAAUCUGUCUCCCAUGUACUGAGUCACACUGCCCAGGCUUAUCAAAUUAAUGGUACUGUUCUGAUGAUCUUGGAGAGUAUAUUGUCUGUCUGUUUUAAGUGUGUAUGGGGCCUAGUGGCUGGAGGGUACAUAAUCCCCAUGUGGGGUUAUUUUAUGGGGAUUACAUGCCCACCACCAACAAUAAUACUACUCAACUUGGUUCCUAUCAGGUUUGCUAAACUAAGGGCUACCGGACUUCAUUUUGCUCUCUGACUUUUCAAGGGACCCAUGAGCUCUGAUCAGAGCUACAAAUCAAUCCUAAUGCAGUGGUACCUUGGGUUACAUAUGCUUCAGGUUACAUACGCUUCAGGUUACAGACUCCACUAACCCAGAAAUAUUACCUCGGGUUAAGAACUUUGCUUCAGGAUGAGAACAGAAAUCGUGCUCUGGUGGCACGGCAGCAGCAGGAGGCCCCAUUAGCUAAAGUGGUGCUUCAGGUUAAGAACAGUUUCAGGUUAAGAACGGACCUCCGGAACGAAUUAAGUACUUAACCCGAGGUACCACUGUAGCUGUUGGUUCCUUAUAUUUUCACAGGGAGAACGGCAGUUUCUUCUGGGUUCCCCCUUCUACUUAACAUCUAUCUUGAAGAGGAGUUUCAGGGAACCUGAAAGCUUGCUCACUACUUUGAGAUAGUUUGCUUAGUGCUGAUAAAGGUGCUAUAUCUCCUGUUAACUUCUGUAAGCAGAUACAGUCAGCUAUCAAUCUGUUUGGGCCAGCUGAUAUUCUCAUAAUGCCAAACAUUAUGAUCAGUAAGUUCCAGCAAGCUUUGGACUCCCCCAAAGGAGGAGAUAGAAAGCUUCCAUUUUCCAUUUGGUCCUAUCAGGAAACUGCAGUUUAUUCCAAACUUUAAAGGUGAUUGCUUUCAACAGACUUGGAUCAAAUGCAUGCUUCCAGAUCCUGGUUUGUUAACUAAACCUCAGUUGGAAUAAACCAAGUUUCGAUGUAAGGACUGCAAUUUAUUAAGAACAAAAAUAGGGAGCUUUGAAUUUUGUGUGUGUAGGAGAAGGAGAAGGAGAAGGAGGAGAAUGCCUGAGCUCAGUGCUCAUAGCGGCUCAUUCUUGUAAAGCCGAGCUACGCUGCUGCGACAUGCCCAUUUCUUAGCAAUAAGCUGCUGAAGGAUUUUAUUAUUAAAAUAAGCUCUAGGAGAGUUUUACAUUACUAAGGCAGCCAGAACCAAACCCCCCAUUUAUUAAUUUAUUUACGCAUUUCUGUAAAACAAGUAUAUCUCUCUGGGACCGAUUGCAGUAUGCAUGUUUCUCCAUACCCCAGCAAAGUCUGGUUUGCAAGAUAAUGCGCAAGCAUGGAAAAUGUAUUUGGGCCUGUUAUUUGAACUGCAAUGAAGAAAGGGCACGAACCUUAUAUGAUAAUAGUGUUCAAAAUUCAUGCUGGGGUUGGUUUGUUCUCCGGAUUAAGAAGCUUAAUUGAAGGGGAUAUGGACACUACGCGAAGCCAACAGCAGUUGAAUCCAGAUGUGAAGAUGUGGCAGAAGUGAAUGGGAAAGAGACUGAGGAACGUUCUAAUUUGGAUUACAGUAGCUGGGACGCGGGUGGCGCUGUGGGUUAAACCACAGAGCCUAGGGCUUGCCGAUCAGAAGGUUGGCGGUUUGAAUCCCCGCGACGGGGUGAGCUCCCGUUGCUCGGUCCCUGCUCCUGCCAACCUAGCAGUUCGAAAGCACGUCAAAGUGCAAGUAGAUAAAUAGGUACCGCUUUAGCGGGAAGGUAAACAGCGUUUCCGUGCGCUGCUCUGGUUCGCCAGAAGCGGCUUAGUCAUGCUGGCCAUAUGACCCUGAAGCUGUACGCUGGCUCCCUCGGCCAAUAAAGCGAGAUGAGCGCCGCAACCCGAGGGUCGGUCACGACUGGACCUAAUGGUCAGGGGUCCCUUUACCUUUACCUACCUGUUUUGCUCAGCUUGGCACCUACAGCUGACAUCAAGCUAAUGGGCUGCUGAUCAUUGUGACCGUCUGCUUCUCCCUUCCGUUUCUACUCAGAUUUCUCACAUCCCUUCAGAGUACUCAAAUUGGUGAUGGAGGGACCUGGGCUUGCAGUGGUGUAGCCCCACUUCAUGGUUUAGAAGCCACUGUUUAUUGUUUCAGUGAGUUUUGAGCUGGCUAGCCUAAUUACUGAGACUUCUAUAGGAAUAACCUUUGAGGUUCCUGAGCAAAGAUUCAAGUUGCCUCAGUAACUUCCCAGUCAAAAGGCAAUCACGUGGAGUUCUAAGCCAGCUAACUAAUUCUGGGAAACUAUGAAACAGCUGGUGCCACCACUAGGAAGGAACUGUAGCCAGGACAGCACAUUUCGUUUCCACUGCCUGAGGUUUAAUUUCAUUGUUCCAUUGCGGACUUCUGGGUUAGCGCCUCCGGCAAUGGCGGAUUUCCUCUGAUCAGGAGGAAUCUGCUCCGUGGAAAUCAGGGUCUGGACCGCCAUGGCAAGGCGGAGACCCACUAAAAACCACAGGCGGGAGAAGCCUGUGGACGUGGGAUUCGGCUGGCACCUUUUGCGCCUCCCCUACUCGUGGGGAAACCCGGUUUCAGGGAUCCGGAGCGACGUGGGGUGAGCGGCGCGGUGCUUCGAAUUGACUGCUUCUUUCACGGAGUGAAGCUGCAUUGCUGUUGCCGGAGAGCACUGACUUUUUCCUGUGGACAAUUGGACUCUAAACAACUACCCGUGAGUAGAACGGAAAAUUGGAUCUCUAAACAUCUUAAUUUGGCACCAAAACAGGAAGGUUUCAAACAGGAAGUCCGCCUUCCUCUUUUGUAAAUAGAUUGAAGCAAAGACGUUGCAAGCUAAAGCCUGGAAAGCCUUUUGUAAAGGAUUAAAUCUCCAUCGGUUAAAAUUACUAAACCCCCCUCGGAAGCAGGAGAAGAGGGGGGAAAUUUUAGAUUGCCUAAGCCUGCAGGAGAGGGAGUGAAGAAAGAUAAAUUACCACCAUUUUGAACCUGGGAACGGGCUGCCAGUAAGAGCGACGUUUUGGGAAAGUUCAUUGACUGUGAAUAAAACGUAUGUUGAUAGACAGUUAAAUAAGAGAAAUAUAUUGUUUCCAUUGUUUCCUUUUGCACUUAAAAAGGAGCAAAAAAGUAACUGAAAAUCGAAACUAACUUUGUUGCUGGAUCUGCGCUUAAAAGGACGGAUACAAAUAGAAAUUGUUUCCCCUAGAGGGAGCUUUUGAAACUGUUGCAGGAGUGGAGCUGGGGAAUUUUCCAGCUGCAGAGAUUAAAGACCGUGAGAAUCAGAGAUUGACCUUGGACAAGAAUGUUGACAGAAGAAGCCUUAGUGAUUGCAUUUUGCAAGACAAGUGCUUUAUUGGAACAGCUUCAUGAGAAGACGGAUGUGAUUAUUAUUAAAAUUGACAAUUUGGGACAAAUUGACUGAUUUGGGACAAAAAGUGAAUACCUAUACAGAAACUACUCAGGAAUUGAUUCAGGAAUCUGUUUUGACAUGGCAAGCUGUGGAGAAGACGAAGGAGAAAGUUGUUGUUGAACCUCAAGUAAUUCAAGUGGAGAGAGCCCCGGCCUUACAGAGGCAAUUUGAUGAACAUAAGCUGUUGCCUUUUACGAUUGAAUCUAGAGAAAGCCAGAUUUGGUGGGAUGGAGCCCCGCUUGGAUUGGAGAAGGAAAGUUGGAUAGAUCCCCUUAUGCAGGGAUGUUCUGGCUUUUGGGAUCUGGAUUUGGGUCAGGGGGAGAUUGGAGUUGUGGGGGCCUUUAGCUUUGGAGGGACUCUGAAACACGCUCUGAAAUAUUUUUUGGACUUUAGUUCUGACUAUGGAGAAUGGGCUGACCUGUCGAGAAGGAAUAAAGACAUUGUUAGGUUGGAGUUUCCCCGAGAUCUACUCCUCAGUGCCAAAGGAAGGAAAUUAAGAACAAGAUCAGCAGAAGAUAAAGUAAAGUGCAUGUAUAAAUAUGAAGAAAAUCUGCAGAAGGGACAUGGAAAAGAGUUAAGAGCCUCGGACAGAAGUUCACCAGGUUGAUGGACCAUAUGGAAUUGAUGGAAAGGACUGACAGAAUCCGAGACCAGGGAGAAGAGACGGUGGAAGAAGAUUGGAAAAAAAGUUUUUUUUAAAAAAAAUUAUUUAGAGAAAUAUUGCAAAAUUAAUGAGUGUUAGAAAAAUGUUGGAAUGAAAUUAUACGGCUUUAGUAGAGAUGUUAUAAGGAGUUAAGUAUAAAUAAGCUUUAGGGUUUUAAUGGUAAGAUAAGGUUAAAAUAAAUUAAGAUAAUUAAAUGACAGAAAACAGUGAAAGAUGGAAAGGAUUUGCUGAAAUAAUUAAUAACUAGAACACAAAAAGGGAGGUGUGAGGAGGUCGAUGAAACAAGUUAAUGAAAGAUAAAGAUAUGGAAAUAUUGGAUGUGUUUUUAAUUGUUUUUGCUUUUGUUUUUGUUUUGAUGUAUUGUGUCUUUUGUUUCUUUUAUAUGUACUGUAUUGUAUUGAUUUGUAUUGUUUACUUUUUCUCUUUCUUUUUUACUUUUUUCUGUAAUUCUUAAACUUUUAAUAAAUAUUAUUUAAAAAAAAAUAAUUUCAUUGUUCCAUUGCUUAUAUAUUUGCCACCCUUUGGGAAGAAGGGCAGGAAACAAAUUUAAUAAAUAAAAAAAUAAUUGCUUUAGCUGGAAUGCCAAGAGAUUAAAAUACCUUUAGAAGCAAGAUUUCCUUAAUGAAUAAGCCCAUUUAUGGUAUCAGGAUUUUCAUUACAGGUCUGUAUUUUUAAACUGUCAAGAAAAAGGCUGACUUGGUUUUAUUUGCCAAUUAAUUUUGAAUUUCUAACAUUGAGUUCCUGGCAUUUUGCCUUAGUCUACAAAUGUUUGUGUACAAGCAGCCUCCUUGAAAUCUGCGCUGCUUUUGGAGUUUUGGUUUGAAUUGCCUGCUUCUUCACAGUUUCAAGAAUAAAUGACUACAGUGUGUUUUCCAUGGGGCUGUCUUUGCUCAGGGUUUGGAAAAUGAGGGGAUACAUAAGAUCUGCUAUCCACCGGUUGCACUGUCUUCUAAGCUUAACUCACCAUCUUGGUUCUUGCAUAGAAAGAGAGCUCUUUUCUAGCCUGGCCUCAGCAAACCUUGCCCUUCUCUCUCUGAACUCAUCCAUCCUUCAAUAUCUGCCUCAGUCACAUUAAGUUCUAAAGUGAAAGGCAUAAAGUAACUUGAGCAGGAUUUGGCUAUUAUUGGGGACAAUAUAGGGGGAUAAUGUAAUACUUUUCAGCUGGAAUACUGUGUCCAAUUCUGGGCACCACAAUUUAAGAAGGACGUUGACAAGCUGGAAUGAGUGCAUAGGAGGGCAACAAAGAUACCGCAUUUUUCGCUCUAUAGGACGCACUUUUCCCCCUCCAAAAAUGAAGGGGAAAUGUGUGUGUGUCCUAUGGAGCGAAUGCAGGCUUUUGCUGAAGCCUGGAGAGUGAGAGGAGUUCCCGCCGGGCUCCCAAGGCUUGCGGACAGCAGCCUGCAGCCCGAAACCCGGGGAGCGCAGUGGAGUGCACCCCGGGCUUCGGGCAGAUGUUCGCAAGCCUUGGGAGCCCGGCAGGAGUUCCCACUGGGCUCCCAAGGCUUGCGGAUAGCAACCUGUUCUGGGGGCUGGGGAAGCUCGGGCUUCCCCCGCCUCAGCCCCGCGCCGGGGGAAAAAUAAUAAUUCCCCCCCUUUAUUCCCCCCCCAAAACUAGGUGCGCCCUAUGGGCUGGUGUGCCCUAUAGGGCGAAAAAUACGGUAAUCAGGGGUCUGGAAACCAAGCCUUAUGAGGAGCGGUUGAAGGAGCUGGAUAUGUUUAGCCUAGAACAGAAGAGACCGAGAGGAGAUAUGAUAGCCACCUUCAAAUAUCUCAUGGGCUGCCACAUGGUAGAGGGAACAAGCUUGUUUUCUCCUGUUCUGGAGGGUAGGACUUAAACCAAUGGCUUCAUGUUACAAGAAAGGAGAUUCUGGCGAAACACAUGGAAAAACUUUUUGACAGUAAGAACUGUUUGACAGUGGAACAGUCUUCCUUGGGAGGUUGUGAACUCUCCUUCUUUGGAGGUUUUUAAGCAGAGGUUGGAUGGCCAUCUGUCAUGGAGAUUCCUGCAUUCCUCAUGGUCUCUUCAAACCCUGUGAUUCUCUGUAUUGCUUGCAUUCUUUUGAAAAGCCAUAUUCUUAGUCCACUUCUAAGCGUUACAGCAGAAAUGUAAAUGCGGAACAAAUGUGUACAGUAGUCCACUUCUAUCUUGAUAUGCAGUACAUAGUUGCAUAUUAAAAAUGAAAACUUUUUCGGGCGCUGCAUAGGAAAUUAGAUUACAUGCAUCUGUUUAUUUCCCUCUCUAUUAACAGGUAUUUCAUGCUGGAUUUUGAGACUGGAAUCCUACAAUAUUUUGUGAACGAACAAAGUAAAAACCAGAAGCCACGAGGGCUGUUAUCCUUAGCUGGAGCAGUAGUUUCUCUCAGCGAUGAAGCCCCUCACAUGUUGGUGGUAUACUCUGCUAAUGGAGAAAUGUAUAAACUCAGAGGUAUGGUUAUUUGUCACCACUGCUGUUUUUUGGGGGUGUGUGUGUGUGUGUGUGCACAGUAAGUCCGCAACUCACACUGCAUUUACAUUCGGGAGAUUUCGCUUAAAGCCAAAAUUGCAUUUAGUCAAAGCAUAUUGGGUUCAGUGUUGGGUGGGAUUGCCAACGUCUUUUUCCCCUGGACAUCCAACCCCUUUUUAAUGAAAGAAAAAACCCCUUUUGCCAAUUGCGUAAAGCUGAAUGCACACAAAUGUGUGUCAGUUGCGGGCUUAUUGUGCUCUUUAAACUUGCCUUUCCUGCAGCUGUUGCAUUUCCCCAGCUACUCUUUGUUUAAAAGUGACAAGCUUUUAAUUGGUUUGGAGAAGGUAAUGCUUUUGUGUUUGAAAUGGUUGAAAUGACUACCUUAAGGCAGUAGACUCAGCCAGGCAAUGUGGUUCACCUAAGAGCCAGUUUAUAAAAAGUGAAGCUUACUCUCUGAAAUAAAUAGUCUACUGAUGGUUGCCUUGUUUCCCAAGGCCAAACUGAGGAAGUCCUGAAUAUAGCUGGGAUGGAAGAAUCCGCCCUCUUCUUCCUCCCCCUGCCCCCAGCAUAGGAGGGUGAGCAUAAAAUGAGCUGUGAUGGAUUAGACCAAAGGCCCAGCUAAUCCAACAUCCUGUUUUCCACAACAAGGGUCAACAAGAUGUCUCUGGGAAACCCACAAGCAAGAUCUAAGCUCUUUCCACUGUUAUCCAUACCCCUCUUCUUAGAAAAGAAUUUCUAAUUGAUAUUCAGUCAUGGGAUGCUUCAGUGCUGAAGUAAAACAAGAUCUGAAUUCCUUUAAGAUUAUCUUAAUGGGAACUUGCCCAUAUUUUUCCUUCUGUAAAAAGAGGUCCUAAGGUCGCUACAAGGUGAUAUGCGCUGGUUGUAUGUGUGGCUGCUUUGAACGGUGCUUUGCAGAACCAAGGCAAAACUGAAAGAUGUAGGUUUUAUUCUCCACUUGAAACAGAACGUCCCAAAAUCUCAAAAGUGCAAAGUGCACAUUUCCUUAUCCAACUAAAAUUUUAAUAGGCACUGCAUAAUACCUGUUCUAUGAAAAGAUUGUGCUGACUUACGUUGCCUUGAUUCUGAACUGGAAUGCUGGCAUUCAAUAGAUUAAUCUUAGAUUGCCUUAUUUAAAGUGCAAUUCUAAGCACCUUUACUCAGAAUGUAAUCCCAUUGUAUUCGGUUGAGCUUACCCCUUAGCAAAGUCUGCAAAGAAUUGCAGGCCCCUAUUAGAAUAACGCAGGUGGCGCUGUGGUCUAAACCACUGAGCCUAGGGCUUGCUGAUCGGAAGGUCAGCGGUUUGAAUCCCCGCGACGGGGUGAGCUCCCAUUGCUCAGCCCCAGCUCCUGCCCACCUAGCAGUUCAAAAGCAUGUCAAAGUGCAAGUGGAUAAAUAGGUACCACUCCAGCGGGAAGGUAAAUGGCGUUUCUGUGCACUGCUCUGGUUUCGCCAGGAGCGGCUUAGUGAUGCUGGCCACAUGACCCGGAAAAACUGUCUGCGGACAAACGUCGGCUCCCUCGGCCAGUAAAGCAAGAUGAGCGCUGCAGCCCCAGAAUCGUUCGUAACUGGACUUAACUGUCAGGGGUCCUUUACCUUUACCUUUAUUAGAAUAAAGUCUUUCAGGACUGAGAAAAAGGGUAGACCCCCCAAAAGUCUGUUGAUUUUAACAAAGGGACCAGUUCAGGCGAUUAUCAAAAUCGUGUGACAUUGGUUUCCCUGAACAGCACCAUUUCAUUUCUCCAUGGGGAACCCCCCCCCCCCACUAUUCCCAGUGUAUAUUGGUUGAUAAGUAAUAGUUUAAGUCGUGGUUCAUGGGAAAGUAACAAACAAACCUUAAAAUAUUGUGUCAGGUGUAAAAUGCAUCAAACCUUAAAAUAUUGUGUCAGGUGCUAAAAUGCAUCAAGUUAAAAAUGAAGAUAGAAAAGCCAGUUACUGUAUCAAUCUCAAUAACUAGGUUGUUUCUUUAGGGAGAGUUUGAGAUGAAAGGGACCGUACAUAGCAGGAAAAUUGGUUGGUUUUAAAAUGAGAAUAAACUACACAUUUAUUUAUUUUUCUGUAUGUGUUUUCUUUUUCCAGCCGGGGAUGCAAAGGAGAGGCAGUACUGGGUGACUCAGCUCCGAUCCUGUGCCAAGUAUCACACGGAAAAUAAUUUGAAGGUAAAUAAUUAUAGGGCAGGAAAUUGCAUUCUUGCAUGCCAUUUGGAGUAAGUGAAGGUCGUGCCUGGAAAUAUUAAACUAGUAAAAAAACCCCACAACAGUUGGUAGAGCCCUUCCGUUAUUCUCCCACUUUCAAAGUCUCUAUAGUUGUCUCUAUACAACCUGCUUGCCAGAUUUUUAGACGACAGCAAAAUGUUUAGGACCGCUUACUGUUAAAACAGACAGAAAGUGGUAGGCAGAAAGCAAUUGGAUGUCUCUCUGUGUUAUUUUGAAGGGAAUGAGUGUGUUAUUUUGAGGAAUACUGCUUGGGAGGUACGUAUUGACUGGAAUCAUGAUAAUUUUUAUUUUGAAAAGUCUGCUGAAUGGAUGGACAAGAAAGUUACGUUGCAUCUAAAAUUUGCUGAAGGAUGAAAACCCUCCAUCCCCCAUGUUUUGUUUUGUUUUUGCUGCUUGUAGCUACAUUUUGAUUAUCAGAUGUUUGAGGAAAUGCUGGUCCAACGGAACACAUCUGAUAUCUCUUUAAGUCAGAAUGGAAUGUGGGGAAGAGCUGUAUGGCGCAGGGAGUGGCUCAGGUGAAGACUGGUUAGGGAGAGUAUAGGAGAAUGAUUUACUUGGCUUCCCAGCUGCAGCAGGGGGAUCAAGCUAUGUGAGGAAGGCUACAGGUGAGUUGGCAGUGGCUGGGAACUUUUCUGACGUUGCAUAGUUGUCGCUGCUGUGACUAGAGAGUGCGUGGCUGGGAUUUCAGAAAGGUGCGAGAAGAGUUCCAUUAGGAGUGCCGGUCAUCACAAUGACAUUACUGUUUGCAAGGAAGGAAGAGGUGUGGGUUGACUUGAGCUCCUCUAGGUGGCAAGGAAAAACACACAAUAGGGAGUUAAUAGAAAGCAAUAUUUGAAAUGCAAGAGGGUGAACCCAAGAGAGAGAGAGAGAUGAAUAACUGAGGAGGGAGUUUACUGUUGAUUUUCUGCAAGUAUUAAAAAGAACUUGUUUCCUUUUCACUACAUGUAUGAUUAUAGGAAUUCUGUAAACUACCUUGAGACACUGAGCGCUCAAAUAGCUUCGGUAGCACUUUGCCACUGGAUGGGCAAGGCAGUGAGGGGUUUAGGAUAGCGCUCUGAUAGCCGAGGGGCCAAGCCAAAAAAUGCAUUGCAUCUUGAGAGAAGGACUUUGUUCCUCUAGUGACAUCGUGAUUUCACCCGUAUGCUUGGAAUCUCAAGCCAUAGGAUCUGAAAUAAAAGCAAGGGCCAUAGAUGGUUCAGUGUGAUGUUUGAGUGAGCUCUUUAUGACCAUAACCAACUGCCAAUAGCUGUUUCCAAUGACUUCUAAUUGCAGGUGGUAGAAAAAGAAAUGGCUUUUCUAAACCACACAAAAUAACCACUGUAAAAAAUUAUUGGGCUGUAAAGAAAAUGCCCAAGUCUUUAGACUAGGUAGCAAUUUUUCCCAGUCUCAUAGCCACGGCAUUCCUCGUCUUUAUAGAAAACGUACUAAGUAAAGGGGUGCUAGGACAGUGGUUAUGUUGAAUGUCUUAUCUAACAUGCAAAAAGACUAUUAUUAAUAGAAGUGAUGUCAGUACAAACCAUUUAUUCAAAAGCUGCUACAGUCAGCCUGUCAUUUUGACCAUGAGUCAGAGUAAUCACCUACUACAACUUUAAUAAUUCUGAGGCAUGUCUGAGGCAGUGUCCAAGAAAUCCUUGCUUUACUCCUUGUACAAAAACAAAAACAAAAAAUGGCAGUAUUCCCCUCCCUCUCUUUCUAUAUAUUUUAAGUGAAACGCUUUGUGUUCUGAACAAUAGUGAGUGAAUUCCACCAGGUUUUCUAUCAGGUUUUGUAGCUUAUCCCUUUCUCGUCCAGAAAAUGUUUGGACACCAGGCUUGAUUAUUAAGGGUCUGUAUAAAUGGGACGUGAGUGGCGCUGUGGGUUAAACCACAGAGCCUAGGACUUGCCGAUCAGAAGGUCGGCGGUUCGAAUCCCCGCGACAGGGUGAGCUCCCGUUGCUCAGUCCCUGCUCCUGCCCACCUAGCAGUUCGAAAGCACGUCAAAGUGCAAGUAGAUAAAUAGGUACCACUCCGGCGGGAAGGUAAACGGUGUUUCCGUGUGCUGCUCUGGUUUGCCAGAAGCGGCUUAGUCAUGCUGGCCACAUGACCCGGAAGCUGUACGCCAGCUCCCUCGGCCAAUAAAGCGAGAUGAGCGCCGCAACCCCAGAGUCGGUCACGACUGGACCUAAUGGUCAGGGGUCCCUUUACUUUUACCUUUAUAAAUGGAGGAGAAAUUUUACAUGUCUUAAACUCAUUGUUAAUAUUCGCUUACCUUUAUUCCCCCGUGAUUUAAAAUGUAACUUAUAGAUGUGUGACCUUCUUUAUCUUGUAUGACUCCAGCAUCAAUCAGCUACAGUCAAUAUGACCAGUGAUGAGGGCUGAUGGAAGUUGGAGUCAGACAUCUGGAAGGCCAUGAAUCCCCCUCUCAGUUCUUCGUAUUCUCAUGUAAAUUCUAAGACAAUUAAUAUUAUUUUCUCUUUGACCUCUUUCUUUCUUUCUUUCUUUCUUUCUUUCUUUCUUUCUUUCUUUCUUUCUUCCCACUGUUUUCUCAUGACUGUGUGUCUCACUGUUUUGAAGUUAAGUCUUUCCCCCGGACUGAAAUAUACUUCCUUUUUUUGACUUUGGGUUCUUGUCUUCCCAUUCUUUUUUAAACUGUUUAUGCAAUCACAUAUUCUCAUCAAAGCAGAGAUCUUUCUUUUUAUCUUCCCAGACAGUAGCUACAUAUUGUCGUUUUCAGUUGUCAAGUAUUGCUUACAUUUCAUUAUUUUCUUCGUGUCUUUUAUCUUGUCCCAGUGGGUUAUUCUCAUACUCUUUUUAGUUUGUCUUCUAUAUUUCCACGGUAAGCCUCUUUGGUCUAUUUUGCUUCCUGCGUUUCACCUCCUCUUUGUUUGCAGAUAUGAUAGGUUUUUUCUCCUCAUGCUUAUGAUUUCUCUGAGCUGGUUGCCUUUUCCUCUUUCACAUUCAAUUUAAGGCUCUGUUUCUUCAUUCUCUAGCUCCUGCUGAUCUUUCAUUGAAAGAUAUUUUCAUUGAAAGAUAUUUUAUUCAUUCUCGAUAUUCUCUGUCUCUGCAUUUUUCUAGUUCUUUGCUGCUUGUUAAACCACAUAUUUCUUCCCCUCAUUGUAUCUUUGCACACUUUUCUCUAAAUGGGCCUUUUUGUGUGAAAUUCUUUUUGCAGCUGGCUGAAUUUGAUUCUUUGUAAAGAAACACCUAAAUCCAGCUCCUGAAAAAUAAUUUAUUUCUCUUUAGUCUCUCUCCCACAGUUCUUUCCCCCCGUUUUCGUUUUCCCUUUUGCUAUUUUGUUGUUUUUGUUGAAUUGGGCAGGACUUGUAGUAUUUAGUGUGUGUUUUUAGGUGCUUCAAACAUAUCAUGCACAUGGCCUAGAGGCUCAGUGUUCAUUACAGAGUCCUUGUAUUUGGAAUUGCUUCUCUCUAAGCCUGCUAUAGGAGUGAUAUGCCAGAGAGCCCACCACUUGGAUUUGCAAAGAUGGAUCGGCCUGGUUUAUAACCAGAGUUAUCCCUGGAUGGGUUUCACCUAGUCCGUCUGGCCCUUAUGGUGAAACAAAUAUAUUCCCAUUCUGGGUUUCCCUUCGUUGGAGGACAUCAACCCACAAUUGGCUAAUUGAAGUCUUGGUUAUAUAGUGAUUAUAUUAUUGUAUUUCUAGACUGCCUUCAUCUGACAAUUGUAGGGUGGCAUAUUGUUGGAAGUUGUACUCCAGCUUGCAGGGUUAAGACCAGGCACCCCAAAGCUUCAGCCCUCCAGAUGUUUUGGACUACAAUUCCCAUCAUGCCUGACCACUGGUCCUGUUAGCUAGGGAUCAUGGGAGUUGUAGGCUGAAACAUCUGGAGGGCCGCAGGUUGGGGAUGCCUGGUUAAGACUGAUAAAGUAAGCUCCCUGCCCCUAUUUAUCUCUAUGCUGACUUCUGUCUGUUUGAUGUUUAGAGUGGUAAGUCUUAGGUUGCGUUAUGCUUACAACUUCCAGCUCCUCACACACAGUCUCCGGACCUCGAGGCAAGAGGUCCUGAUGGUUCUACCUUCUGAGAACAAAAGUGCUUGUGUGGCUUCUCUGUUUCUCCAGCUAGAUGGGGGGGGGGAAAGGAGUUCUAAAGUCCUGGUUUACUGUCAACAAGAUUCCUGCAUUUGCAAGGGGUUGGACUAGGUCAGGGUUCACCAAACUUGGGUUUCCAGCAGUUUUUGAACUACAAUUCCCAUCAGCCCUCACCACUGAUCUUGCUAGCUAGGGAUGAUGGGAGUUGUAGUCCGAAAGCAGCGGGGGACCCAAGUUUGAGAAAGCCUGGACUAGGUAGCUCUCACAGUCCCUUCCAACUCUGUGAUUCUGAGAAUGUACUUAUUUUAGUAAAGCUUUUUUAAUUUUAUACCAAGUCUCCUCUGAAUACCUUUCAGCUGAAGGCAUGCUCCGAGCAAGGAUUCAUUUAACUAAAAUUAACAUCUGUUGCAGCGUACAAACCCUAUAUGUCAACACACACAAUAGUAAAUAAUAUAUUUAAAAGCUGUGAGGUGUGAAAGUGUGGUUUUGGGGCGGCUUGGGCAGCCCUUUUUGGGAGCCACCAAGCACAGCCAAAUAAAGUGUGAGGAAUGGCUUGGCCCCUUGGCCUCAACUUGCUCCAGGGAUGAGAUGAGGGGAUGAGACCUCUUUACUGCAUUUGUCUCUUCUCUUUUUCCCACCCUGUCUGUUUGACUUUCUCCUUCUUGUGCACAAUCCCUGCUUCCCUAGCAAACAAAGGGCAUAUCAAGUGUUUCCUCCAUAUUUCACUGUCCAGAGCCUGGUUAAGUAAGUGAAAUUUCUUGCACAAAAUAGGUGAUAGAUUUGUUUGUGCUCCUGAAGCAGAGUUUGGCCUUGGGGUAGAUGUAUCUGUCCUGAAUAUUUCAGGUCAUUCGCCACUCUCCUCAGUAUUUAGAAGGUCCUUUUGACAGCUGAAGGAGGGGGAGAGCCUUGUUUGCUGUCACUGCUACAGGGCUGCUUACAAAGGCAAUCUGUAUUGCAUUCAGGCUCUGUGAUUUAAGUACUGCUUGAACACUAAUAAUCUCUCCUCCAGCUUCAGUUGUGAGAGCGCCUCAUGAACAAAAGAUCUGUGCUGCCAAAGUCUGUAGGAGAAAGCAAAUGAGAGCAUCAAUAUUAAUAGACAAAUAGCUGCACAUGGUAUAUUUUAGUGUAGCAGCUAACCUUUGGAGUUGUGCCAUGACAGUUUGCAAAGCACUGUGAGGAUAAAAAUCAUUUGCACCAACUGCAACUUGGAUGCUACUAAUCGGUCUAUGGAUGCGGCCAGAGCCCUGUCUAGUCUAUUGUUCAUGGGUGAAUUUUGCUUGUUGGAAGACUCAAGAUGCAGGCAGUGUAUUUGGGCAAGUCCGACAUAAUAGUAUGUGUGUGCUCAACCUUCACCUGUGAAGCUUAGUUGCAUCAAGCAGAGAGGGUUUGACCUCCUCUGUCUAGGGUAAGGUGAACAUCUACUUGUAAGGGGGGGGGGUAGUUCUAGCUGCCUUGCUGUUUAACAUUUACAUGAAAACUCUGAGUGAGAGAUCAUUCACAGGUAUAGGGUGAGGACCAGCAAUAUGCAGCUGACACACAGUUCUUCUUUUCUCAUACUCCUCUCCUUCAUCUAAUGAAGGCAAGGCAAGUGAAGUUCUGAAUUGGUUCUUGGGUGUAGGCAUGGUCAGGAUUAGGGUCAAUAAACUGAAACUGAAGGUAGGCAAAGUGGAGGUUCACUUUGGUGGGAAGUUCAUCUGCUUAGGUGAGUGGUGUUCACCUUUCUCUGAAUGGGGUUGCUGUCCCUUGAAGGAUUGGGUUUCCAGACUGGGGCUGCUUCUUGAUCCAGUUUCAUCACUGAAGAUGCAGGUUGCCUUGGUGUUGUGGACUGCCUUCUACCAGCUGUGUCAGCUGCAACCCAGUUUACACAGCCAUAGCCUAGCAUUGACUGUCCGUGCACAGGCAAUCUCCAGAUUAUAAUCUGCUGAACAUCCGUUGAACAGCAGUGUUUGCACUGUCUACAAACAUCUUGUCUAGUCUGGUAAAAAGGAGGCUGAGAGGAGAUAUGAUAGGCAUCUGCAAAUAUCUAAAUGGCUGUCACAUGGAAGAUGAAGCAAGCUUGUUUUCUUCUGCUCAGGAGGCUAGACCCCAAACCAGUGAAGUCAAGUUUCAAGAAAGGAGAUUCCCAGCUAAACUUUCUGACAGUAAGAGCUGUUCCACUGUGGAAUGGAUUCCCUUGGAAGGUGGUGGAUUUUCCUUCCUUGGAAGUUUUAAAGCAGAGGUUGGAUGGCCAGCUGUGAUGUAUGAUUUAGCUGAGAUUUCCUCAGGAUCGCUUCUGACUCUACAAUUCUAUGAUCUCCUCACUAAUUGAGAGAGUUCCUUAUGCUGUCAUGUUAUGCUUUUAACUUCUUGAUUCUUCCAGAGUACUCCAACCUCACGAAUGAAAAGCUUGUCUUUGUUGCCUCCUGGAACAUCCAACUCCACAUCUUCUUCGAGUUCUCAGAAAAGCCUGAAUCAAGUUGGGCCACCAGUUGUCACCAUCACACAUCACAAAUCACCUGCAGCAGCCCGAAGAGCCAAGAACCAGUGUCCUGGCCAGCUCAAUGAAGUCAGAGAGGUAGGGGACAGAUGGAGCUUUCUUGUUGAUGCAAAGCAUGACACAAGUGGGUUUUCCAGUUCUGAAAAUUCAGAUAUUUAACUUGAAUAAGUUCUUGUGGUUUAAGAUAAAUACUAAUUUUACCUUUUAUCAGUGCAACAUUGUGUGUGUGUGUGUGUGUGUGUGUGUGUGUGUGUGUGUUUGUGUGAAUAAAAUAAAUGGAUGAUUAGCCGGCUCAAAAUAAUGUACUUUAGUUCUGCUUGGGGAAUUGGCUUAAAUGAAUCUUAGCAGGAAACCUGUACAUUCUGUCUCUUUCUCUUGUCUUCACAGAAGCAAGUCCUCUUCAUUCUGUGA